UAUUAUGAUGUGAUUAUUGAGGCUUGUGUACUUCAUUCUAUGUUAUAUUUACAUUUUAUAUUUAUGUUUUAGUGACUACUGUCAGUUUAUUAUGAGUCAAGAAUUGUGCCAAAUUUGUAAUUUGUUUAUACCAUCUGGGGCAGGUAAUGAGAAAACUCACUACAAUGGUAAGAGACACUUGGCCAAUCUUGCUUACAAACAUCGGUUAGAGGAAGAAGCCCAAAGAACUAUAUUUGUUAAAGGAUUUCCUCCAAACACAGAUGAGUUGCAAUUAAGUGACAUUUUCUCCAAGAUAGGAAAAGUGAGGCAAGUGAUUAUUGACAAGGAAAAGAGAAGAUUUGCCUUUGUGGAAUUUGAAUGUGGCAGUUCGGCAGCUACAGCCUUGAGUAUGAAGAACCCUUUUAUCAUUCAUCAACAUCAACUUCAAGUAAAACCACGAAAAAUGAAGCCGGAUCAUUUUUCCAACGAAAGAGUGGAAAUACCCAAGUCGAAACAAUUUACUAAACCUGUAGAUCACAAAGUUCUGGUGGACAAACUGAUUUCUAAGGACACAAGGUGGAUAACCAGAUGGUGAUGUUGAGAGACACCUUAAAAUUGUCUAUGAAGGAAACACUUCAACGAGAGGAUUUUUGUAGAGUUCUUCAGGAUACCCUGCAAGAAUAUUUUCCAGGAUGUACUGUACACCUUUACGGAUCAAGUAUCAAUGGAUUUGGGUUUAAAGGAUGUGACAUUGACAUGUUUUUGGAUAUUAAUCAUUUAGUAAAUAAGGAUUUCACUUCAUCUGACACUUCAAAGUGUGGAGAUAUACCUUCUGUGCAUGAUAUUAUAAGUGGUUUGGUGUCUGUUGAUAUAAUUCACAAGAUGCCUCAGGAAAUGCAGUUGAAGUUCAUAAUUAAAGUAAUACGCAGGAUUCCAAAAUGUAGAAACGUAGUGUUUAUUCCAAGUAAACGCUGUCAAAUUAUUCACUUCGUGCACUCUGGCUUUAAUGUGGAUUGUGACGUUUCCUCUAAGAGCAGCCUGGUUGUUCACAAUAGUCGUUUGUUGAGGUUGUAUGGCCUGCUGGACCCACGAGUCUCACCAUUGAUUAUGACUCUUCAUUACUGGGGUAAAAGACUUAGGUUAACUUUCUCUGGCCACAAACUUACCAGCUAUGCAUUCACCUGGAUGAUAAUAUUCUUCCUACAAACUUGUGAUCCACCAAUUUUACCAUCGGUAUUAGAACUAAGGAAGCUGGCAGAUGAUACAAAAGAAGUGGAUGGCAUAGACUGUACAUUUUGUAAUGAUUCUUCCAAACUCGGUCCAUCAGCUAAUGAAUUGAAUGGAGAGGACUUGCUGAAGAGUUUUUUUGACUUUUAUAGCACCUUUGACUUCAAAAAAUGGGUGAUAUCUCCUAGGUUUGGCCAAGUAUUUGAUAAACAAAAGUUUUCCAUGAUCUUUCCAAACUUGGUUCAUUUCGUGGUAGCACCAAUAUCUAUUCAAGACCCAUUUGACUUGAACGACAAUAUUGCAGCAACAGUUAUUGAAGAUUCGUUAAAUAAACUUGUACAUAAAAUGAAGCAAGCACAAACUUUCUGUGACUCCCAAUGUUUUACUAGCAACUGCAAUGGUGCUUCCAAGCUAUGGGGGAUUCCAAUACUUUUUGAUCCAGAGAAGUACACGUACAAAACAAAAUCACUGGAGCCAGUCCCUCAGUUCAAUAUUGAAGAUACUUUAGGUACAAUAAUAUUUAGAAUUCAGUUCCAACCACACAAAACGAACUUUUGUUUUAACAGCCUACCCCCAGGAAAUCUUUCGGACUGGAACUUAAGGAGGUUGUGGAUGUACAAGACAUCGUACAUUAUCUUGGAUAUCUUACAGAAAGGAUUAAUGUUUGAAUGUAAGGUUCGUGACUACAUGAGGACACGUUGGCUGAAAAAGAAAACUAAGCAGUCUUCUGAAAAACACGAGUCUCGUGAUAAAAGACACCAGGUGAACACGGAAUCAGAUGAGCAUUCAUCUAAACGCCUGUGUGUGACGCACGAUGUUGAACCAAAAAAAGAACUGGAACGUUGCCGUCUCAAAGAAUCAGACGAACAUUUUGAACAACGCAAUGCAAGUGAUAGCACUGCUGAAACCACAGAGUGGGAUCAAUUUGAGGAGUUGAUUUUUGGUUCAUCUGACAUGCAAGUAGAUGAAGAUUGGGUUGAAGGAGAUAGUGAACAAAGUAAUGAAGAGACUCAAGAAACAAGUAAUAAAAUAACUUCAGGACCUGCAAUUACUUCUGAGAGCUCAGUGUCUAAAGAACAGACUGACAAGGAGCCCCUGGCAUCGACCUCAAGGGAGAAUAUCCCUACAGAUUCCAGAAAAACACUUCUAAAAAUAUUCUGUAAAGUAUUUUAUCGUACGUGGGAUGCUAGAAAGAAACAUAAAGCUGAAUUUGUCCCUACUGAUAUUAAUGAUCCUUUGGAAUUAGAACAUUAUAUAUCGCAACAGAUAAUUAGCAAGUCUACUUCAAAACCAAGUAAACCAAUAAUUGAUUUUGUUUGUCGCACAAGAGAGAAAAUUGAGAAUGAAAUGUUGGGCAUUGAAAUUGAGUUGAAACCUAAAUUUCGCUCUAAAGAAUUUAUUGCACAUAUUUCAUUAUUUUUAAAUUCCUACAUAAUUAAAAUGGCAGAAAAAUGUAUGAAUGUAGACAAAAAACGUACGUGACUAAUUCUCUAAUUUUGCUAUUUUACCUUGACUUUUAUGUAUUUAAGCUGACCAAUUUUAGGCUUCAGGAAAUGUUUGUACUUGCUCUUAUUCCAGUAGAGGUGUUGAAGUUUCAACCCUAAAGGAAAUGUUUGUACUUGCUCUUAUUCCAGUAGAGGUGUUGAAGUUUCUUUAGUACAUAAUUUUACUUGGAACUCAAGUUUUACACCGAUAGCCAUAACUAGUAAGUUUUUAUGUGCGUUAUCAUUUGACGGUCCUAGAGUAAAAAUGUUUUAUUAGUUAUUCUAUCUAAAAGGGUUUUUUUAACAAAUAAAACUAAACUAGAUUACUUAGUAUUCUGGGAGUUUCAAAAAGUCGCUUCCACUAAUUGGAUGACUGUGUUUGAGAAACAGAUAGGUACAAUGUUGUAAAACUCAACGAGUAGACCAGUUUGAAUGUGCAGUAGACAAAACAUACAGUCUUGUGGUGUGUUUUGAUGACAUCGUGGUCAAAAUACAUAGAUCCGACUGUUCAUAAAUAGGGUAUUUUUGUAAUAGGUGUUAAAUAUUAUUUAUUGGUGAUGGUUUUAAACUCCAGAGACUGUAUACUGCAUGAUCAAAUUGAUCUAAAAACAGUUUUACAAUAUUGUGUUCACUGUUUUCCUGAAUGCCAUUGACAAAACAUCAGAAGUGACUUGAAAAACAUCUGGUAUGUUCACUUUCACAGUUUUGUGCAAAAUGACAUGAGCUUUAUUAGAGUGAGGAAGACGAGAUGUGUUACAGAUGACAUGACUUAUUUUUAUACACUGUACUAGUACAAAAAGUUAUGUGGUGAAACACCAAAAAUCUCUUGGUGGUUUUAAUAAUUUGUUUUUUGAAAGAAAGUCGCAUGUACAUAGUUGUAAGUAAUGGUGAUUACAUUUAUUCUACUAUUUGGAUAUUUCCUCCUGUUAAUAUUUGAUUAUAGUGUAUAAUGGCAAACGCUGAACUUUGAGAAGAAUCCUUUUCAUUAUGCUGUUUUGCUCAAUAAUAAGACUCAAAUAUUAAGAAAGAUAGAUUUGUAGAAAAAAAACUUUGGUCCCGUUUUAUCUGUCAUCCGCAUCACUACCUUAUUUUUUCAGUUAACCUUUUGGCGUGAUAAAACUACAGUUUUUUUUUUUAUUAUUAUUAUAAAUUCAAGAAUUAUAAUAAAUAUUUUGAAAGGUUUAAAUUCCUUAGUAUUUCAGGUUUAUGUUUUUUAUAAUAAUGUUGAAUGAAUAAAACUAUUAAU